GAUUACACAGUCUCCAGCCUCCGGCGAUUAGUUGACAUCCAGUCAUCGGUCGCAAUCGUUGAUAUCGCGGCUUGUUCUGAGACACUGCUCGAGAGCCAUUCAUUGAGAACAGAGGAGGCGGAAGAGAUAUGCGCCUCGUGAAAUCCUAGUAUCGAUGUAAAGGAGAUCUGCACCUCUUCAGUUGACUGCGUUCGUUUAUUCCACAAGGUUUUCCCUCGACGCCGACACGGACGCCGGCUACAGCGAGCUUCACCGAUUUUCUCGAAAAAAUCGAGAAACUGUGUGACAAACAAUGGCAUCUCUCAGGUGGUUCGUAGCAGGAGCUAGUGCUGUGGGUGCUGGUACUCUUACUUCAUAUUAUUUUCUGUCAGAUACUACGGUACACGCCGAGAAGAUCAAACCAAGACCGCCUAGGAGGACUUUACCGACGCGGGAGGAUCAAGUGAAGACGCUAAAAUCGCAAGAUUACGAUGUUCUGAUCAUCGGAGGUGGUGCAACAGGAGCAGGAUGCGCUCUGGACGCUUGCACACGAGGUUUGAAGACCGCGUUGGUCGAAGCCGACGACUUCGCUUCUGGCACCUCCUCCCGCAGCACAAAGUUAAUUCAUGGCGGCGUACGGUAUCUACAGAAAGCGAUUAUGCAGUUGGACAUUGAGCAAUAUAGAAUGGUGAAGGAAGCGCUUCAUGAGCGCGCGUCGAUGCUGCAAAGCGCACCGCACCUGGCACAUCCGUUACCUAUUAUGCUGCCAGUUUAUACAUGGUGGCAGAUUCCUUACUAUUGGUUCGGCAUUAAAAUGUACGAUCUAGUAGCGGGCAGCAAAACAGUCAAAUCUUCGUAUUAUUUGAGUAAAGCGAACGCUUUGGAACUCUUCCCAAUGUUGAAGGGCGACAAGCUGACGGGAGCUAUUGUUUAUUACGAUGGUCAGCAAGACGAUGCUAGGAUGAACUUGGCAGUCGCCCUGACAGCCUCGAGACACGGUGCAACAGUCGUGAAUCACACUAAAGUAGUCAACUUGUUAAAAGGUCUUGAUAAGGACGGUAAGCGAGUCCUUGUGGGAGCUCAUUUGAAGGACGAACUCACCGGCGAGGAAUGGGAUGUGAGAGCUAAGGCGAUUAUUAACGCGACUGGUCCUUUUACCGAUCACAUUAGAAAGAUGGACGACCAGAAUGUUCCUGAAAUUUGUUGUCCGUCUUCUGGGGUUCACAUAGUAUUACCAGGAUAUUACAGUCCCGACCAAAUGGGUCUACUCGAUCCAGCGACGAGCGAUGGCCGAGUGAUCUUCUUCUUGCCAUGGCAGAAGCAAACUAUCGCGGGGACGACCGAUCUGCCAUGCGAGGUAACGCACAAUCCACGACCUACAGAAGACGAGAUUAUGUUCAUCUUGCAAGAAGUCAAGAACUAUUUGAAUCCUGACGUCGAGGUACGCCGCGGAGACGUUCUCUCUGCAUGGAGCGGUAUCAGGCCACUAGUCUCCGAUCCGAAUAAACCGAACACGCAAUCGCUCGCCAGGAACCACAUCGUGCAUGUCAGCCCUACGAAUCUUAUCACGAUAGCCGGCGGCAAAUGGACGACUUAUCGAGCGAUGGCUCAGGAAACCAUCGACGCGGCUAUAAAAGCUUGCGAUCUGCAACCGGAAAGACCUUGCCAAACCGAUGGUUUUCUUCUGGAAGGUGCUCAAGGUUGGAGCCCUACGAUGUACAUUAGACUGGUGCAAGAUUUCGGUUUAGAGUGCGAAGUCGCUCAACAUUUGUCCAAGAGUUAUGGGGAUCGUGCGUUCGCCGUGUCGAAAAUGGCUUCCCUCACAGGAAAACGGUGGCCAAUUAUCGGGAAGAAAAUUCAUCCGGAAUUUCCGUACAUUGAUGCUGAGAUACGUUACGGUGUACGGGAGUACGCUAGAACUGCUAUCGAUAUGAUUGCGCGUCGCCUAAGACUCGCUUUCCUCAAUGUUCAAGCGGCUCAAGAAGCAUUGCCGGUUAUUAUAGACAUCAUGGCCGAGGAGUUGCAUUGGUCGGCGGAAGAGAAGAAGAAGCAACAUCGUGAGGCCAUCGAAUUUCUCGCUAACGAAAUGGGUCAAAUGGUGAAUCGCGCCUCCCGCGAUAAGAUCCCCAUCAAUCUUACAAAGGAUGAGGUUCAACUUUACAUUAAACGCUUCGGAAUCAUAGAUAAGGACAAGAAAGGAUACGUCUCUAUCAAUGACAUUAGGCGAGGACUAAAGUUGUUCGGAGACAAGGAAGUACCGGGUGAAGAACUUCACGAAAUUCUACGCGAAAUCGACACCAAUAUGAACGGUCAAGUUGAAUUGGACGAAUAUCUUCAGAUGAUGUCAGCUAUAAAAUCUGGUCAUGUGGCAUAUUCACGUUUUGCACGAAUGGCUGAAAUGGAAGAAGCGCAGCAUGAAAAAGAGAAACUUAAGAAACAGAUAAGUGUCGAAAGGUCAGGCGGCGGACUAUGAAGAAAUAUCCCUAUAUUUUAGAGUUUACAAACAUUUUAAUUUCUCAUUGUUUGGAUUUUACAUACAUUUCAUCAUUGAGAUGAAACUAUGUACUACAGAAUGUCGAUUUUUAUUUGAUCAGAUAUUUUAAAUAAUUUUACACACACAUAUACAUAUAUACAUGAUUAUAUAUAUAUAUAUAUAGUCGAAAUUCAGUAUCUCAUAAUGAGGUAACAAAUUUUUAUCCCAAAUAUUUAAAAUAAUUUUCAAUGAGCUACAAAUGUUUUAUAUUAAACAAUUCGCAACACCAAGAGUGAAAUGUAAUUAUUAACUAAUUAUGGGUACAAUUUUAUACACAAAGUGCAUAAUAAUAUGUAAAUUAUCAAUCUUUAAUAUAUAUAUUCGUGAAAUAUUGUUAUACAAGUUAUAUAAGUUGCAUGAAAUAUUAUAUAAAAUUGUCGUCUAUCUCAAGGAAUGAAAUUUAAAUCUUACUUAUUAAAUUCAUGCAAAUUUGCUCCAAGUACAAUAUAAACACAAUAUAAUAUAAAUCACAAAUCAGAAUUUUGACACAAUUAUUUGGACUUUAUAACUACAAGUUUGAAUUGUUCAUCAGUACAUUUGUUAGCAGAUAACUGAAAUUUUUGCUAUAAGAACAAAUUUCUCUUUAUAUAAUUCGGUGUGUUACUUAUAUAUAACAUUUGUAUUGUGUACAAAUGUCAAAAUACUCUUGCUCCUACUUGUAUAUACAGGAUUCUAAAGCACUGUAUAGUUAAAAUUGUAUCUUACUCUUGUACCAAGAGUAUUGUACGAUUCUACAUGACGCAAACCAAUAAUAUUUAUAAUAUUAUUAAUUGUAGAAAUUCUGUUUUAUUUACUUCAAUAUAAUAAUUUCUUGUUCUGUUGACAUUUGUAGUAUAUUUAUGCAAGAAAACCGUUGAUAAGUUUCAAAAUAUUGCAUAAAUAAAUUUUGUUAUUAGGUUUUUGAAACCAAAUUUAUUUAUAACAAACUAUGAUUUAUGUUGCUCUCUUUAUAUUUAUUAAUGUAAGAUGAGGGGUUGUACAAAUUAUAAACAUUGUUAAAGAUUAUCUCUACUCUCUCUUUGGAUCAAUACUGUAAUGUUAUACAAUGUCAAUCCACAAUUUAUCGCGUAAUUUAUUUCAUCAUUAUCGUCAUAUUAAUAAAGGCAAUGGCAAAAAAUAAUUGAUGUUGCCUAGUUGAAAAUAAAAAAGUUUAUUGUCUUGUCGUCAAGUUAAACAAAAUAAAACUCGAAAAAUACAAGGCUGACGAUGACGUACUGGUGAUUGGUUUUAGUAAGCAGCUGCAAAUUUGCACAUAUAUAUUGUGCAACACGUUUAUAUUGAUAUAAAUAGUCGAGAGAUCCGGAUUCUCGAUCUCGACUAAAAACUUGGAAUAUCUAAAAUUUCUUUUCGCAAAUAUAUCAGGAUACCUCGCUUUUUGCCCAUCAUAUAUUUCUUCAUAUAAAAAUGUAAAAACGCCGAGCACAAAAUUUUUAGUCUUUUUAGUAUUUGGUACCAGAAUACACACACAUGAUGAACAAAAAAAGUCUCGGUUCACAAUAAUAAUCAAACGUAACUACAUUAUGAAUCGGUAAAGUAAAUUGCGUUUAAUAUGUGCAUUCGUUUAAUACUCGAAUGUACAUCACGAUUACAAGAUAUUUGAUACACACUUUGAACAAAUAUUACAGUAAUCAUGUAAGCAAUUACUUACAUCGAAGUAUAUUACUGUAAAAUAAUUGGUGUCUCUUAAUGCUCGUGUACUAGUAUAAACUUUUAACUACAAUUAUUUUAUUAUAAAACAUAAUAAUAGCCAAUUAUACAUAUAUACAGACUUAUCGCAUACAUAACUAUAUCGGAGAUACAAAGGAACAAUUAUUAUUAUACGUUAUUUUUAAGUGGAAAAAAUAAUUAUUAUUCGCAAAUACACGUUAUUUGAUUUUCUUAUGAACUCAACAUACAUAAUAAGUAAUAAAUUAUGAAUCAUGAUAUCGCGAUAUAUGGCAUUUUACUUACAAUUAACCAAUUGAGUAUAAUUUUGCGAGAACGUUUUGACACAUUGGUAAAUUUUAUAUCGCAGAAGUACGGUUAGUACUUUCACAAAACUUCUGCACGUCUUCGGCAGUGCUAGCAUAGUCCGUCCGUUAUUUAUCACUACAUUUUAUUCCGUUGGAAAUCGUUUAUACCCUCUUUAUUACCCUGUUUAUUGCAUGCUGUUCAAAAUAAAUUUUUAUUUCGUUGA